UGAGGCUCUCUAGUUUCACAAAUAUUAUCAGAUGAUCUAAAUAUCCCUACCAGCCUCCCGCCCAAGGCCGAGACAACAAUUUAUUGUAAGAGCCGCAACGAGUGGGACGAUCACAACCAACCCGAGCCCCCCCAUACGAGUAGGCGCCCGACAUGCAUUUUCCCCUCUCCCACUUACUCCUCGCCCUCCCAUUGGCCAUAGCACACCUGGCCGAAGACAUUUCCAAAGUCCCUACCGUCCAAGAAGCAGCCGUGCAAGCCCGCGAGCUACUUCGCUCCGAGAAGAUCGGUACGCUGAGUACCGUUUUCCCAAGCUCGGAUGCAAGCGGACUUGGCGGUCAUCCUAUCGGGAUGAUGGACUACUACGCUGAUUGGUAUGGUACUCGUACCGCGCUUCUUUUCCCAUCUAACCCCUCACCGUACCCAUACGGGUGAUCUACACACCAUCUAACAUCCAGUCCAGUUCAAACAACGGAAACCCCACCCUCCUAGCAAUCAAAAUCGCCACAUCCUUCAGAAAUGCCAAAAACGGCGCCCCAAUCUCCCUAACCCUUCGCGAGCACUCCCCUUCCAGCGAAUUCUAUUCACCGGCUGCGCACCACCGUCUUUCACUGAUGGGUCGUUUAAGUCGACCCAUCCCCAGGAAUAGCGAUGAGGGCAGACGGGCCAGGGCGUGCUUUAUAAAGGCGCAUCCUGACGCAAGGUGGUGGGUGCCCGGAAACCCGAUCCACGAGAGUGAGUGGGUUACAUUCGAAGUCGGGAGUGUUUACUGGGUCGGUGGGUUUGGCGAUCGGGAGUUUAUCGGGGACAUUCCUAUUGAGCUUUAUCGGAAUGUCACUUUCAAGGAAGCGAUGGAUGAGGUGAUACCUUUCCACAUCCAGCGAGUCUGGGAUGGGUUGAAGAAUAGGUUGAGGAUUAAAUAAGGCGAUGAUACAUGACGCACUCACGCACGUAUGGGUUAUGAUGAACGUUUGGCACUCAUGUAUACGUUCGUUCAUUUUUGAGGGCCCCAAGCGCCGAUGAGGCGUACUAUACACUCAUGGAUAGCUGUCGUUAAUAUCUACCGUGAAUAGUCCUUUAUGACUAUGCACAUAUACACCUUAGUCAAAGAGCCCCCUCGCCUGAGAAAUAUCCUGCGUAGGCCCAACCGCUUCCAUGACCGUCUCCGCAUUCAUCUCCCCUUGCUCAUCUCCCUCGCUCUGCGUCGUAUCGCCACUUGGUUCAAAGGCCCUCUUCCGCGUUACUGCUGGUGGAGCGCAUGGUGGGGGUGGCGGAGGAGACUGAUCUCUGACGACCGGCCUUGGCCGGUCAUCGCUGUUCAAAUUAGUGUCCCAUUUAAGGAACGGUUCGUCCCAUACAACCUUCCCAAGGUCGUCAUCAUCACUCUCCCCAUCGCUGCUUGAAUAUGGUAGAAAUAAGCCUUCAGGAGGCAGAGCACUAGCCGGCACCGGCGGGAACUCCGGCUCCUGUUGCUGGGUGAAUGCGGAGGCAGAUCUGGAACCCGCCGUCCCUGAAACAUUUAGUCGAGAACGAUAUAAUGACCCGCUGGAUUGAUGAUCUUCUGCUGGCUGCAUCACUCUGUCUUCGGUGGUGCGCUGUGAAGGGAGACUACCCGUAAAUUGAGGCCUAAGGCUCCCUGGUGGAUCCAUCAAACCUCGCAGUUGGGAAGGGGUAUUAGUCUGCGAUUGCGGAGGAGCAGCCUCUGGUGGAGGGCGGGGGGCGGGAGGUUGAUGUUCAACCCUGGUUGUAGUAAACGAUUGAGAGGCCCUAUUGUCUCCCAACGUCAUGAGCGUAAAUUCACAAUUCAUUCCCUCCUGCUCGUAUGUUACUUGUAACGGAUGACCAGCUUCGCUAUAAUAAGCCGUUACCGAGGCAUGAAGAGAAUCUGCAUGAGCAACGAUAGCCUUGAAAUCCUUCAGACUAACAGCAACAUGCACGCCAUCUUCAGCGCCGAAGGUAUCGAAAUCAGCAGUAUCAAAGGAUACAGAGGUCUGCAACGGCUGCUUCAGUAUCUCUAGUCCCAUCAGCCAAACUAUCCCAAACACGCAACGAAACAGCGAGCUGGCAAACCUUUCCCAUCGACCAACUUCUCGGUAAAGCUCGUAAAGGCGGCGCGACCAUUCUCACUCGAAAUAUCCAAUUGCUCCGCCUUGGGGCCGAAAUGCUCCAUGAAGUCCCUCAAAAACCGUGCCUUCACAAUCCACAUAUUCCUCGCCGCGUCCUUAUCAAACACGGCAUGCAUGACGUCCACCUCUUCAUAGGUAAGACGAUACGUCUUCAGCACCCGAUUCCUGCACAGCAAGCGCACAAGCAUCCUACACUCCCCCUUCUCCACGAAGCGCACCUCACACCUCUCGAUGGCCGUGUCACCGGAUUUACUGUCGAAGUAGCGCUGCCGAAAAGUAGACAGGAGGGCCUUGGCAUAGAAGCGGCAUGUAAACCGGUUCUCCUGUGACUGCGAGGGCGUUGGGAAAUUGUAUGUUUCGAAGAACCUGGUCCCGGCGAGGGUUACGGCGGCAUAAGCGGAUUUGGAAGAGUUUAGGGAGGAAAGGGUUAAUCUAUUACGGCGGGCUUCGAGGGAGACGUAUUCGCUGAAUUUGGAGAGGGCGACGAGCGAUUCGUGGAGUUUUUGGGUGGAGGCCGGGCUCAGUGUGAAGUUGAGGUCCAUUGUCGGUGGUGGUGGUGGUGGGUGAGCUUCCUUCCGGCCUACCGAUCUAUAUGACCGCAUUGUAAACUUUAUUCUAGGUUUAUAUUACAUCACGAGAUGUCACUCGAUUUACAAUUUUAUAGCUCCCCCGAUGGAGGGAGCUGCUGACCACAAGAUUUUCCUUCCCUAUCGUGGCAGCAUUAUUAUAUUUCCGGGCUGAUUGAUCCAGCACUACCCCGCCAUCUUCCCCCGUGCAUUCCCGUCGGGCUCCGGACCCGACACACAUCCGUCUCCAGCCCUUACCAUCCUUGGACCCUGCCAUUCAUUCAUUGUCGAGAUACGGUUACCCGGCCCCAGCAUCCCCUCAACCACUCCAUCAAAAAAGCAGUACGGGUACCGUAGUGAGGCCCUGCAAGCCCCACAUCAUGUCCUCCAAAGAUAAAGCCCCGCAACAACAGACCGGUAGCUCCCCGCUCUCUCCCGAGGAAUCCCUUCCAAGCUAACAAUUAAUAAUAGUCGACAUCUCAACCCUAAGCGUCGACAAUCUCGCCGCCGUAAAAAAGCAACUUGACGACGAACUCGAGCACCUAACUACCUCAUUCGCAAAACUCCGCCAGGCCCAGAACAAAUUCAAAGAAUGCAUAGCAACGGUUAAGACUGGGCUCCGCCCUGGUCGGUCCCCCUCUUCCCCGUCUUCCCGCUGGCUCGCUGACGGGAAAGGAUGACAGGCAAGACUAUUUUAGUCCCGCUUACCAGUUCGCUUUAUGUUCCUGGGACGCUCUCGGAUACGGAAAACGUCCUCGUGGAUGUCGGCACCGGGUACUACGUUGAGAAGAGCGCUGCUGACGCGGAGAAGUUCUACGCUGAAAAGGUGAAAACGCUCACGGGGAAUCUGGGGGAGCUGGAGAAGAUUGUUGCGCAGAAGAGUCAGAGUGUGCAAGUUGUUGAGAAUAGUGAGUAGUUAUUCCGCUGGUAAUUUGUGGACGGAUGGAGUUAGAGGUGCUAACUUGAGGACUAGUUUUAAGACAGAAGGUUAUGGCGAGCGGUGUUAGUUCUUCCUCGUAGGAGGCGGUAUUGUGCGAGGCGGGCGAGCUACAUACGGGUUACCCUUUGGCCGUGACUCGGGACUGUAUAUACAAUAGCGUUCGUAUCAUACAUUGGGUGUCAAAUCGACGGAAAUUCUCAACUU